AUGAAUGGUAACAAUGACAUUCUGAAUUCUCUUCCGAUUCUUGACGACAAUAAUUGGAUCCGAUGGAGAAAACAAAUGCAAUAUCUGUUUGGCUUUCAUGAAAUUCUAGAAGUGGUUACUAAUGGCGUCUCUGAGCUUGUUGAGAAUGCAACUGAUGUUUCGAGAGUCGCGAACAAGGAGGCCAAGAAGAAAGACUGCAAGACUGCAUUUUAUAUUCAAUCGGCGGUAGGCGCGACGAACUUUGAUCGUAUUUCUCAUGUUGAAUUGACGAAGGAGAUGGGAGAAGAAGAAAAGAUUGCAAGCUAUGUCUUGAAAGUGCAUAAUCUUCUCCAUCUCAUGAAAGCUAUUCAAGAAUCCAACAAUAUUAAAACUUUGAAAUUGGAAAAUUUGGUUAGUUCGUUGGAGGUGCAUGAGAUUGGGAUUGUCGAAAGGAAAUUAGUUCAAGAUUCGAUACAAGCACUACAGGCUCGGGUAUGGAAGAAGCAUGGUGGUCCCAACAAAUUCAAAGGAAAAAGAGAUAAUACUCAUAACAAGAAGUCUUGGUCGAACCCUCAAAAGCAUAAGGUCGACGAUAGAGCUUAUGAAUCCUCGAAAAGAGGAGAAGGAAACUCCUAUCAGCAAGAGAAAGAUAAAAAAGGUGUGCAGUGCUAUAACUGUGAAAAGUGGGGUCACUUGACCAAUAAUUGUUGGUACAAUAAAGACAAGGGAGCGACAAAAGGCAAGGACGAGGGAACAAACCUUGCUCUUCAAGAUUCAGAUGAUUAUGAAGAUAUGAUGGUUAUGCUUGUAGUUAUAGAUGAUCAUAUCGAUUCCAAGAUCUGGUUCCUCGACUCGAGCUGCUCGAAUCACAUGACUGGUCGAAAAGUGUGGUUAGCAGAUUUCGAUUCGUCGAAGAAGAGCAAGGUCAAACUUGUUGAUAAUAGCUCAUUGUAA